AUGAUUCGAUUAAUUUUUCUCAUUAUUGUCGUCAAUUUUUCAUCACAACUUCAAAUUCCGCGAUCUGUAACUGUUCAGGAGGUCAAGCUGCAAUGUCAACGGGAAGUGACGUCAAAAAUUGUCUGCACUUUGCCAUCAAAUGCCGGUCAAAACAGCAUUUUGGAAAUAAUAAAAGCAUUUUCUUAUGUUAAGAGAGAUUUGACGGAUUAUGAAGUUAAACAAGCAACGGAAGUGGACAUAAGUGACAGGUUUAUGUCAAUCCACAUGCCAUUUGAAAUUGGUAAGAAUUUUCCAAAGCUUGAAGCUCUUUGGGUCGUCAAGUCGAAGAUAAAGUUCAUCAAAAAGGAUAAUUUUGCUAAAAUGGUGGAUCUUAAAGCUUUAAAUUUGUACGAAAAUCAAAUUGAGGAAAUUCCAGUUGACACUUUUACGGAUCUUCCCAACUUGGAAUUCCUGGAUAUUGAUAAUAAUAAAAUUAUGGAUCUUCAUGCAGACCUGCUGAUUUACCAAACUAAUUUGCUGGUUUUUCGAGCCAGCGACAAUAAAAUUUCAACAAUUCCCGACGGAUUUUUCAGAAGCAACACAAAAUUGGAAAGGAUUCAUCUUAGCCACAAUCAAAUUAAGGAAGUUCAUGUUGACUUUACCAAGUUUAGUGAUUUAGUCAUUGUUGAUCUUGAAGGAAAUAAAAAUGGAUGUGACUUUAGUGUUGGAUAUUAUGAGGACUGGAAGUUAUUGGAUGUUGAUGGAAGUCGUAAUGAAACUGAUGAGUUUGCGUGGCUACAGUUUCAAGUUGAGCGAAAGUGUCGAUUGGGCGAGGAUGAUAAUGAGUAUUGAAAGUAUUAUGUGAGGC